UGCGUCACAUUACGACAUAAAAUCUUUAGCACACAUUGUGGAUCUAAUGAAAUCUUCACAUGCCGACUAAAGAACGUGACAGAAUUACAAACAUUUGAUUAUAGCAGGAGGACAGUCCAAGUUCAGACAGUCAAGGAGUUUAACUGUAUAAAUGACACGCUUGGAGUAGGAAAAAUAGGUGACAAUGUUAUGGGACUGUGUGAAAAAGGCCUGGAAGGAUAUAUAACUUCUGAAUGUCAACAUGUGAACCUGAAAAAUGAUUGGAUACCUAUAAAGAAAGAUUGUGUAGUUAAAGCUAUCAAAGAUCUUGAUAGGAAAUCUGAGGUUCUGUUUUUGGAUGAGAUUCCAGCGUUUAUGUCAAACCUCAGUAACGCUGCAAAGGAAAAUAAUAUUGAGAUAACACAAUCUGCUGCGACUGUCCAAACACUUGUUGAGAUACUCUACAAAAUUGCUAGUAUCUCUCAAACUAUUGCUAUUAGCCAGACUGUGAUGGAGGAUUUUCUUAAAACAGUCAACGUCAUUGUAUCAGAUGAAUCUAAAAACACAUGGGAAGUAUUGAACAAUGGCUUUAUAACACGAAACGAAAGCACCAAACUUCUGCAAGCUAUUGAGACUAUAAGUGAUCGUCUCUCAGAUGACAGUUUCAUGAUUAAGGAAACCUCCAUUCAGUUAAAUAGAACAAGAAUUGAAAACUCAUUCACUGAAACAUCUUCACUGCCAAACUCAACUACUCAGAUUGUGAUACCAAAGGUUGAACCGACUCUCAUAACCAUUAUUGUCUUUACAAAGCUUAACAAUGCUUUACCAACUCGCAUUACUUCUAAUAAUGACAAGAAGACAUCAGAAAAUCACAUCAAUGGAGACGUGGUUGUUGUAAGGGUUAAUAAAACAAUUAACAACAUUUCAUUUGCUUUCGAAACAACAAAUACAUCAUUGAAAAAUCCUCAGUGUGUCUUUUGGAACUUUGAUCUGGACCAUUGGGAUACCACUGGAUGUAAAGUCAAGCGCUCAGGGAAUAAAACAGUUACAUGUGAAUGCGACCACACAACCUCUUUUUCAAUCCUGAUGUCUGCAAUUGAUAACACAGCCUUAGACUAUAUAACAUACAUCGGUGUAGCUAUUUCGAUGGCCAGCUUGAUUCUGUGCCUCAUUAUUGAGAUAAUUGUGUGGAAGUCAGUGACAGGAAAUGACACGUCAUACAUGCGUCACGUUUCAAUAGUCAACAUCGCAGUGUCCCUGCUGAUCGCAGACCUCUGGUUUAUCAUCGGAGCUGCAACUGCAAAUCCAGGACAACCUACACCGGUGAAUCCCUGCAGUGCAGCAGUUUUCUUCAUUCACUUUUUUUACCUGGCUCUUUUCUUCUGGAUGUUACUUUCAGCACUUUUACUCUUAAACCGCACUGUCAUGGCUUCAUCUCAAAUGUCAAGGGCUAAAAUGAUGGUCAUUGCGUUCACAGUUGGUUAUUGUGCACCUUUGCUUAUAGCGGUUAUUACUGUUGCAUCCACAGCUGGAGCUGGUAGAUAUAUUUGGACGAGAGAUGCAUGUUGGCUAAACUGGGAUGAAUCUAAGGCUCUGCUGGCAUUUGUGAUUCCAGCUCUGACCAUUGUUGCCUUUAACCUCCUGGUUUACAUUGUGGUUGUGUGUAAGAUUUUAAGGAGAGGACUUAGUGCUCAACCAGAUGAGAGUAAUGCCCUUAUAGUCAUUGCCCGAUGUGUGGCCAUUCUGACUCCUUUCUUUGGUAUAACGUGGGCCUUUGGCACUGGAACCAUGUUGACACCUGACUUUGCCAUUCAUGUGGUUUUUGCAACCCUUAAUUCACUUCAGGGAUUCUUUGUUUUGGUGUUUGGGACGCUUUUAGACAGAAAGGUCAGAGAGUCUGCAAAGAGUUUAAUUAAGGACCUCAGUUCCCAUCGUACUCAGAACACUAAUCCAGGAAAUACAGGAAGUGAAGCGAUUAUCUUGAAAACAAGAGGAACCAGAGUUAUGGACUCUGAAGUAAGACGUUCCUCAGUAUCAUCAUCAGUAUCAGCAGCAUCAUCUUCAUCUUCUGGCAGCUCCACUGCAUCACAUACCGCACUAAAGGCCUAAAUUACUGUAUUAAGUUAAUCUGUGAGCCAAUUUUCUUUUAUUGUUUCUGCGACAGAAAGAAUUGUAAUGAAUUGUAAUGAUCUUCGAUAAAUACUGUCAAAUUAUAUGUGGUUUGUGUUUCAUGAUAUAAUAUACAAGAAAUGUUGUUGUUAGUUGUAAAAAAAACUUUUUAGUACAUAGAUGCCUCAUUAGUGUCUGUUUGUAUGGGCCGCUAUACAUUGGUCAUCCGCCAUUUUAGAACCAAGAGGUCCAUGAACUAGUGAUGUCAAUUUUUUCACAACAUCGUGGGCUACUUAUAUUGCUGUGGGUUUUCCUUUUAUUAAAUGUUUAUUUUUGUAGCUUUUCCACAGAAUAAAGGUGGAGGGAUUUUAUUAACUCAAUAAGAGAAAUUUUAAUCAGUCCAUGACACUGACACUGUUUCACAUCUUUGAAAGAGUACAGCAUAUCCGGAUCCAAGUGAAUAUCUAUUAUCUGAAUUCAACAUAUACAAAGUCUGACACAAAACAAAAAAUUAUGUUUUUAUGAAACUUAAAAUUCUGUCAUUUAUAAGGUAAUGAUGCAUUUUGAAGCUGCAUUUAAAAGAGCCUUUGAAUUGUUAAAUUUUAGUUGCACCCCUGUGGAAUCGACGCAGGCUCUGAAUUGGGACACAGAUUAACCUUUUCAAGGUGUGCAAGUCUAAAACAUGUUUUUGUUGUUGUUGUUUUUGCUUUAGAAAUCACGUAGUUUUAAUUUGUAAUUGUAAUGAAUCAAAAAGUUUGUAAUUUCCUAAUCUGUAUCUAAUUACAUAAUGUUUUACUACUUUAUUUUGCUUGAAUUAUCAAAAUAAAAUUCUCAUUAUA